AUGGGUCAUUAUAAAAGGCCGAUGAAGAAACAUUCAAAGAGAUCGUUGGAUGGCAAAGCAGCAACUGAAACAUCAACUAAUAAUGAAGAAUUGACAACAGUCUUUCCUACAAUGAAGAAUGACAUGAAUGGCGACGGUAGUAUUAAAAACAACGUCAACGCUAAUUUCAACAAAUGCCCUAGAAAGGAGCAAACUUGUUUAAAACCAGCAGUUAAUGAAAUGAACUUUAAAGAGAAUAAAAUUAUUGGCGAAGCAAUUGAUAAUGUUGACAUCGUUGGUCAUCGUCCUCAUCAUCAACAUCACCAUUCAGCCAGUGAUAAAUUCAAAAGUAAUGCUUUCUUAAUUUAUUCCUCCUCUUCAUCCUCAUCAACAUGUUCUUCUAGGCAGUCAUCACCAAUUGCUAACAAAAAGUUUAAAAAUAUGCAUAAUAAUAAUAAUAGUAAUAAUAAUAACGAUGAUGAUAAUAGUAACAGUAAUAGUAACAAGAAGGUUGGAUCACCAAUAUCUAAUACUUCACUUAGUGGUGUUAAUGCCAGAAUUAACCACAAGUCCAAAUCAACAACAGCAGCCUCAAAAACAUCAAAGACGUCAACAUCGGCAGUAGUGACAUCAACAUCAGCAACUGUUUCAAGCAAAUUUUCUAACAUGUCAAAAAGAGACUUGCUGUUGAAUGCAAAGAAGUCUAUGAUCAAGAAGGGCUAUAAGGAAUCAUUCGUGAAGGAAGUUGACAGCUCACCAUCACCACCCACACCCUCACUUCCUACCAAUGAUGACAAGCAAUCAGAAAUUUAUUCCUCUAAUGCAGCCAAUGCUAAACAAAAUACUUCUAGAAUUUUUAUGUCCGAAAGUGGCGAUAGUGAAGAUGACGAUGAUGGUGAUGUUUUCAAUUCUUCUAAUUGUUCUCAAUCAUUCUCACAACGUUCAAUCAGUAGCACAUCAAAGGCAGCAACAACAACUACAACAAAUCACAAUAAUAAAUAUAAGAAGUAUCUUAUUGAUUCAAGUAGUGACUCGUCCAUAUCUGACUCAGAUCUACUUAGCAUUGUACGAUCUUCAGCCAACGUCAAAAAGUGCAACAGCGACGGGAAUACUUUAAACAAUGAAAUUCUCACUUCAUCCACUCGAUCGACGAAAUUUUUAACAGCUCCAUCAUCUAUAGGCAACAAAACAAUCCCUACAACAUCUCUUGCAACAAUUUAUUGUAUCAGCAACACUGCAACUAAAGAUAACAAAUUAGAUAAGGUACCACCAUCACCUGCGUCUUCCACUUCGUCUACGGUAUCAAAGAAAAGAUGCAGAAAUGAUGACUCCAGUUUGGAGAAUAGAGGCAAGAAGUUUAAACCCUGCAGCAAAACAUCAGCACCUACCAGCAGCACCACAACAGCAAAUGAUUCUUCAACAACUUUCAACCAACACCAGCAAUCUAAUUCUCAAUCCCUUUCAAGUAGAAAGAACAAGAUGAAGAUCAAACCAGUUCAACAUCAACAUCAUCAACUUAAAUUGCACAACUAUCCAUCUCCUUCUUCUUCUUCGGAGCCAAUUGACCUUUUAGACUCUCCACUUUCUAGGCAAGUGACCAUCCUGCAACAACAACAACAACCACACUUCAACAAAAAUUAUUCUUUCUUUGGAACAACUAAUAAUAAAUUGAUGGUUACGACAGCAUCGCCGACGUUAAUAACUUAUAAUCCUGAUAUUCAUUGUGGUGUUGUUGGUCCAAAUAAACUACCAUGUAUGCAACACCUCUCUUGUCAGGUGCACCAUGUGACUAUGAAAAGACUUGUUGGUGGUCGAUCGAAGGCUCUGGACCUUCUCUUACUUGAACAGACCUCUACCCCCAAAAAUGUGCUGAAAAAUGGCAAACAUAACCAACAACAACAUGAACAUAAGCAACAACAACCUGAACCUAUGCAACAACAACAUGAACAUAAGCAAAAACAAAGAAAUGAACCUGCUGCUGACCACCAUUGGCCACUCACAAAAGGCAAACACCGAGCCCAAAAACCAUCAACAGUGGCCAGUAUAACUACAACAACAUCGAUAAGAAGUGUUUUGUCAUCAUCUUCCUCUUCAUCAUCAUCAUCAUCUGAUGUGGAUGAUGUUAGCACAACUGCUCAAAGAUCUGAUGCAAGAUCGUCAGUGGCAUCACCAACUGCAUCAUCUUCAUCAUUAAUUGUCACAAAAGUAGCAAGGCAGGCCACCAGAGACAUGACGGUGCCAGUAUCAUCGUCAUCUUCACUUUCAUCAUUGAAGAUGUCAUCCUCAUCACCAUCACCCUCAGCCUCUUCUUCACCCAUGUCUUCAAGAUCAUCGUCAUCUUCUCCUUUACUAAAACAAAAUUUCAAUACUAAAAAUUCUGAAGAUGCUUUGUCAUGCCUAGGACCAUCAUCAUCAGGGGUGGUGGCUGUAGUUACUGAUGCGAAAACAUCAGCUAUACCACCUCCUUCAACAACAACUGCUACUACUGCUGCAAUAAAAUUUACAACCAGAUUGAAAAAUAAUGUGCCUGACAUGAAGAGUGAAAAUGGCAAGAAUGAGGAUGAUGAUGACGAUGAUGAUGAUGUGGAUUACAAUAAUGACAAUCAUGUUGAUGAUGUUGCAGAUGAGGAGUAUGUUCCUGGAUGUGUUGAUAUUAAGUGCUUUUCUAGGGCUGCUGAUUCAGUUCAACAUGAAGAUGGUUAUGAUGUCGAUGAUGUCAGAAUGGAAGAAGAGGUGGAAGAGCAUCAUCAUCAUCAACUACGACAGCUGCAGCAGCAGCAAGCAAUUAAGUGCACGAGGGAGGAAUUACGAAGCUCCCUGAAUAUUUAUAAAAGUAACUUCAUCGUGAGGCCAGGCAGAUUCUACAAGUCUGCAACGAAUCCCACAGAUAGACACAUUCCAAAGAGGUGCAAAUGCGUUAUGUUCCAAGAGCAGAACAGACUGCAACUACAUGACACAAAGUCUUGCAAUGCCAUGUCCGGUACUACUCGUCAUACACCUUAUCAGUCUGUUAGCAAUAAGAAAUUAAUCUGUAAAAACAGUAAUAGAAAUAUCAAUGAACACGAUGUCCUCUGUGAUGUGGUGCCUGCAACGAAUUAUCCCAAACCGGCUGCUAUGAAUACAUUCGGAGCUUGGACAUAUAAACCAGCAACUUCAGUGUUGGUGGUGGAUUCCUCUUCAUCGCCAUCUUCAUCCACAUUCACAUGUGGCUUUUUUUCAACAAGCAGAAAAAUGGAAAAUGUUCGAGAUGCCUUUGGUGGCCUGUUGCUUUCUUUGAAUUCAAGUGGAAUUUCAAAGGUCACAGUUAAUAAUAAAAAUAGCAGAGACGAGAUUUCACAGGCUCGUUUUACAAGCAGUUAUUUAUCAAAGUUGAGGUUUAACAGGAAUGCAUUGAAUGGCAGGGCAUCGUCUUCCUUGCUCUUGUCUGCCCUCACUCCUAAUCCUCACUUCCUUACACCGCCAUCUUCCUUCUCGUCGUUGUGUGGGGUCUUAGCAUUAUCAACAAUUGAGCAUGAUGAUGGUAAUGAAAGUGAGGAGGAUGAUAACAAUGAUGAUGAUAAGGAGGUGAUAGAUAGUUUAAGUCUUCAUCAUAUCAAUUUCAGAUCUUCUUCGUCGCCGUCUUUAUUGCAUCAUAAUGCUAAAAGCAAAAAGCAAUCUAGUCACUCGAGCAAACUGCAAAAGUUCUGUAAUGAUAUAGAAAGAAUUACUACAACUACGUCAUCAUCAACAACAACCACAUCAUUAACAACAGCGUCAAAUAUGAGGAGAGCAUUAACAACAACAGCAACAGCAGCAAUCAUUUCAAUAUCAUCGCUUAUGAAAACAGAACCACCAAACUUAAGAAAGAAUACAUCAUCAAAUGAUCGUCAUACUGAUCAGAUGUUGUCACAUCAUGAUGAAGCUCAUAGAAGUGUUUCAGUGACUUACUCUUGCAGACCAAUCUCUGCUUUCACCGCCGUCACAACUCCUCCUCCACCGACACUUUAUCCACAGUCACCACAGCAAGCACCAUCUUGUCCAUUUUCUUCAACAACUUCCUCGCUGUCUGGAUUUCCCUCAUCUAUAACAUCACCAUCAACGCCAUUGGUAAAUAAAUUGUCAUCGCAUAACAAUGACAUUUCAGAUCAAGCUUAUAAGAAAACUUUUAUAAAGCAACCUCAACAUCAGCAACUGCAGGAUUCUCAUCAGCAACAACCUCAGUUGAAAAUUCAGCAUUCAAAAAAGCUGGAUGAAGGAGCAUACAGAAGUAUUUCCAUCCAUCAUGCACAGCAGUCCACAGCUUCAAGCAUUCAUUCUCCCGUUGUUGCCACUACAAAAACGAACAGGACACCUCCCACAAACACUACACAACAACUUUUUAUGAAUGGCUUUGCUAAAAAUUUGCCGGCACUCACAACAUCAGUCGAUGAACAUCAUCAACAACAGCAACAUCUCCAGCAACAAAAAUAUCAGCAGCAACAGCAGCAGCAUUUUGUAAAUGGUUUUGUUCCAGCACCAGUAGCAUCAUUUGCACAGCAUCAGAUAGCAGGUAGCACAUCAAUUGCAUCAACAGCGGUGCGUACAUUUAAUAACUCUUCAGUCAGUAGAGGGCUUCGAGACGUGCCCAUGAAUGCAUCAAUGCUCAAUUCUCUGCCGAUCACUAACCACUCACAAAACAACAUACACAACAACGACCAAACCAAUAUUGAUAACAAAACAGCAAAAAGUAUAACCAACCAUGUAAUAGGGAAACUUGAACACUUCCCAAAAGAUGAGCAUCUUCGUCACUUACACUGUGCAGAGGAUUGGUUGAUGAAACAACAUUCAAAAUUACUGCAGCCUCUCACUUCCUCGUCUUCCUUCAGUCCAACAUUCCCUCAACAAUUAUCAAAUUCACCACAGAAGUCUAAGAAAGCCAAAAUUUCUUAUCCUCCUCACCAUCAUAGUUACCAACAGCAUCAGCAGCAACAGAUUGCACAUAGCAGUAACAGAAAGAAUCUGAACCACUCAAGUACAUCUGCUGCAGUAACCAAUACAACUUUGCAACAACAAUAUCAUCCACAUAACAUCGACAACAUAAUAGGCUUGUUCACACCAUCUUCAUCAACAACAAAAUCGUCAUCAACCAUACAACAACAUUCUCCAUUCUUAUCUCAUUUAACAUCGCAUCCUCUUUCUGUUUUUUCUCAACUCUCGCCCAACAAAGCUUUCAACACAACAGCAUCUCACUUAACAUCAACAUCUUCAUUGACAGCAAUCACACACAUUCAUGAGCAGCAGCAGCACCAACAACAAAAACCCUUUCAGCCUCAAUUCUACAAUACAUUUAGAUGAGUUACUAUCUUGCUAAUGCUUCCCUUCUUUGCAUUUAAGUGUAAUAACAAUGUAAAAGAAAUUUGGUUGAUCUCUUAGCUGAGCUGUUCGAAUGAUCAACUACUUCCAAUCCAUAUUUUUAAUGGCGGCAUGCUGUUGUCUAGCUAAUCCAAUCUCAUGCUUGAAUUAGGUGGUAAAUGAACUUGUGUGUCUGUGGAUGCAUCCAAGAAUGGACGAAUAAAUAAAUAAAGGAAUG